GACCGGGAGCCAGAGCCCGCUGCGGGGCAGUGCGGGCGGGAUCGGCGCAUCUUCCUCCAGCUGCAGUGAGAGCCGCGAUGCUGCCCUGGCGCAGGAACAAAUUCGUGCUGGUGGAAGACGAGCGCCAAGGCAAAGGCAAGAGCCUGGGCCCGGGGCUGAGCUACGCCUCCCUGCUCUCCAGCUUCGUGCGCUCCUGCCCGGACCUGCUGCCCGAGUGCCCGCUGGAGCGGCUGGGCAGCGUGUUCCGCAGCCGGCGGCACAAGGUGGAGCUGAACCCGGAGGACCCCACCUACACGGCCUGGUACCUGGGCAACGCGGUCACGCUGCAAGCCAAGGGCGAGGGCUGCACGGACGAGGCGGUGGGCAAGAUCUGGGCCAAGAGCGGCGGCGGGGCCAGCGGCACCCAGGUGAAGCUGACGCUGGGGGCGCACGGCCUCCGCCUGGCCCCCUGCGAGAAGCGGGGCGGCGGCGGCGGGCGGCGGCCGGGCCAUGCCUACCUGCUGCGCCGCAUCACCUACUGCGCGGUGGACGGCCGCCACCCCAAGCUCUUCGCCUGGGUCUACCGGCACCAGGUGAAGAACAAGGCGGUGGUGCUGCGCUGCCACGCCGCGCUGCUCUCCAAGGCGGAGAAGGCGCGGGCCGUGGCGCGGCUGCUCUACCAGACGGCCAGCGCCGCCUUCAGCGACUUCCAGCGCCUGCAGAGACAGAACGACGCCCGGCGCCUCCAGCGCCAGCGCCUGGGCGACUCCAUCGUCCCGCUGGUGCCCAUCCGCAAGCGGCUCAACGGGCAGUGCCCCUACCGGCCCCCCGCCGACCGGAGCCGCCCCGCCCGCCGGCUCAGCUCCAUCCUGGAGGAGGAGGAGGAGGAGAACCUGGGCGCCUCCCGCAACAACGCGCCCUCGGGCGGCCUCAGCCUGGCCACCGGCUGCAGCCAUCCCGCUCCGGCCCCCCAGCGCCGGGAGCGGGCCGAGGUGCUGACUUUAGCCCGGGAGAUGAGGGGCUGGAGCCUCCAGAGCCCACCGCCCUGGAAGCCCGCCCAGGAGAGGCCCUGCUUGUCGGGCUGCUGA